AUGGGCAGUCAGUUCGAUCCUCAUGUUGCAAAUACACUAGUCUCCGUGCAUUCUAAAUGCAGAUGGUUGGCUGAUGCACGCAAACUGUUUGAUAAUAUGUUUCAAACUGAUUUGGUUAAGUGGAACUGCAUGAUGGCUGGACUGGUGCAACAUGGGUUUAUGGAAGAAGGUUCAAAUUUGCUUAAGGAGAUGAUAUCUGCAGGCGUUAAACCAGACGGACGGACAUUUGCAACUUUUCUUCCAUCAGUUGCAGACUCCAUGAGUUUCACACUUGGAAAGGAAAUUCAUGGCUAUAUACUUAGGCAUGGUAUAAGUUUGGACGUCUUCUUGAAAAGUGCACUUAUUGACAUCUACUGGUACGUGCUAAAUGGCAAGGCCAAUAGUGCUUUAGAAGUGUUUAGGUGGUUUCUUCAGGAGAAAAUGAGUCCAAACUCCCUCACCAUGGCAAUCAUCUUUACCUGCAUGUGCCAGCCUAGCGGCUCUGAAACUGGGCGUGGAAUUGCAUGGCAAAAUCCUGAAGAAUGGGCCAGUAUUAGAAGGUAA